AUGGCCCUAACUAACAACAGAUUAACGGCAAAGUCGUCCUCGAAUGUCCUCGGAAGUCUCCCACUGCGCGACGCGCGCGGGGUCGAGACGUCGCCGCGCGCGAUGGCGGACCGCGCGAAGCCCGAGUCCACGUUCAGCGUGAACUUCGACACGUCCAUCGCGUCGUCGGCGCCGGCGCCGUCGCGGCCGCGGCGACCCGCGGGCCGCGGCGACCGCGGGGCCGCGGGCGACGGAGGCGGAGGACGCGGCGCGCGCGCGGUCGCGCCCGCGGUGAGCGACGUCGCGAACGUCAGCGACCUCGACGGGUUCGACCUCGCGGAGCCGGACGCGAUCGUCGCCGGCUCGCUCGCGCGCCGCAGCAGCGAGAGCGACACCGAGUCCAGCGUCCCGGUCCAAGCGUACGGACGGAAACCUCCGGUGUGGUCGCUCAGCGCGAUGCAACAUCGUCACACGAUUCGCGAGGGCGGCGACACCGCGGAGAAGCUCUUCGCGGAGCUGCUGCAGAGCUCGCAGGCUGCGCUCGAGGCGGCGGAGAGGGAGAAAUUCGACGCCAUCUCGCGCGCGGAGGAAGCGGAGCGCGCGUCCGCGGCGAGCAGCGAGCGCGAACGGCGUCUUCUUCGCGCGAGCGGCGGCGGCGGCGGCGGCGGCGGCGGCGGCGGGCGAUACGAUGCCGACGCGUCCAGCAGCGUCGCGACGGACCCGCCGGACCUCGCGUCGCUGUCCGUGAGCGACACCGCGCGCAGCAGGGACGCCGCCGCGGUGAGGAACGCGUACGCGAAGUUGCCGUGCGCGAACGAGAACGAGAGGCCGAGCGCGUCGGGCCGCGGCGGCGGCCGCGGCGGCGGCGGCGCGGGGUCGUCCGUCGUCUGGCGCAGCAACGACGCGGCGAGCGCGUACGACGCGCCGCUGCCGCCGCGGCCGUCGUGGAGCGUCCUCGGCAUGGCCCGACGCGCGCAGACGCCCGAGGCGGCGGCGAGCGAGAGAGCCGAGCGCGACGCCGCGGACGCGAAAGCGAAGGCGGCGGCGGCGAAGAAGAAGACGUCGACGCGCGUCGCCGCGGCGGUCAAAUCAGGCGCGUUCUAUCUCACACUGGUCCCCAUACGACCGCGUCGGCGUGGUGAACGCCGUUCCUUAAGGACUUUCUCUUCCGGCGUUCGUCUCUCUCCGCCCAGGGUCCCUCGCUUUCAAUCCCGACACCCCUCGAUGCCUUUCGACUCCGCUUCUGACGCCUUUCAACUCCACCCCGACAUCAUCGCUCGUACGGACCCUCGACCCUCAGAGUUGUUGUCGCCGUCGCUCGCGCUCGCGCGCGCCGCGGAGACGGCGGACGUCGCCGCGAACCGCGCGGAAACGCUCGCGGGGGCGAUGCGGACCGUCGCGGAGCUCGUGGAGGAGGGGAGGAUAACGGACCCUGGGGAGGCGUUGCGGAAAAUCCGCGACGUCGCGCGACGCGCGGAGAAGACGUGUCGCGAGGUGGAAGCGGACGCCGCGCGCGGCGGGGGGCUCGGCGUCACGUCGAAGAAGUCGCUGGAGGGGAUACACGAGUGA